CUGCUUACAAGGUGGUCGGAAUUCCACAUGCCUUGAUGGUUUGGGCUCUCGAUAUCAUGCCUGGGUUACUUAAUCUGUGUGGACGAAAGAUAGAAAGUAAAGGCUGGCAGCCUCAUAUGCUUUGUGUAUCAUGCACGAAAUCUCCUCCAUACCCCCAUAUUAUUGGGGCGUUGGAAGAUAAUGAUGUUCAUGCCCGUUCGGAUAUAAUGUGGCAAAAAGGUGAUGGAGAUCAGUUAAUAAUGCUUGGCUUGGAGGAAGGUACCUCCGAGUCAAGUUCUUUUAUCUGGAUAGAGGAAGAAAGACACGAAUACCACGGAAAAGAAUACUCUCCGAGGAAGAAAGACACCAAUACUACGGUGAAGGGUUUUCAUGAAGUCCCAGAAAUGGCAACUGUCUUUUCGUCUAAAAAGAGAAAGACAAGUACAGAAAAGUCUCGCCCUUAUAAAGGAAAUGGAAUUGGUAAUAAUGAACCUGAACAUUUUCCUUCAUCAGAACCAAUGACUAUACCUGCCAUCCCUAUCCUCCACACUAGUGUGAAGAACUCGCAUGACAAGGAUGUACGCAUAGGGAAUAUGUCAUCUUGUUCUGGACCAGAAACUAGGGGAAUUGAAUCACUUGAAGUGGGUGAGCUCGUUGAGGAAUCUGCAGAUGCUACAAUGAAAAUGUCCUCUUGUAAAGGCUUGACUAAUGAUUCUACCUUGUUAAAUAUUUUGGCUUCCAUAGAUGUCUUUCCUUCCCCCCCAGGGUUUGCAAGCGCAUCAUCCCAAGAGAGAGUGGAAGGAUUUGAAUAUGUGGACAACUUCAAGAUCCCAGAAGAGCAUGUAAUUUUGUAUAAGAAGAUCUAUGAAAAACAUGGGCAUAUGGCGACUAAAAAAGUCAUCAAGUUCAAUGAUGCUAUGUUACUCACAUGUGUGACCAGUUUAUUGAAGAUUAUCUCGGCAAUGGAAAAUGUGCGAGGUUCUGAAUUUAGUGAACCGGUGCUGGAGAGAUGGGAAGGAUUCAUCAAAGAUGCUGAGGCCUUGGAGUUUAAUAUUAAGUGGCUUCGCGAAGGACUCGAUCGGCUUAGGAACCACUGGAGGUCUUCAUUUGAGAUAGAUAAAGAAGUUGAAAGCCAUUCACAAGUAUUGGAUGCAAUGCAAGUUAAAUAUGUUCACCUCUCAACAAGAGAAGACGAGCUAAAUGCAGAACUUUCAGAGGUAAAAAUUCAGAAAAGGGAAGUUGAGGCAACUAUUUCGUCCGAGCGAGAAGCUAUUCAAGAAAAGGUGACUGAGAAAAACAAAUUUAGGUGUGAACCUGUUCUAGGGUCAGUUCUUAGCUGAGUUUGAAUACUUACUUCAUGGUUAUGAUGUGAUAAAAAGAGCAGUUUUAUGAGCCAGAGAAAGUGACAUCAGUAUUUUGUUAAUCAGUGAUGUACAGUCUCAGUCUGUCUUGUAAA